UGGGGGGUCUGAGUCAGUGCGCCCCCUGGCGGCCAGACUCUAACGCUGCAUCAACAAAGCGCAGCAGCAGCAGCGGCGCACUUCAGCCCGGAAAUAUCGUUAGAAGAAGUUCCCCCCGAGCUUCCUGUUCGUUAAUCCACUUGUUGAGGAGAAGAGGGCGGGGGCGGGAGUUGGAAGUUAAAAGCCUCAACAGAAACGCACACAAUGCCGCUCUGAAACACGACGGUGGACGCGGCAGUGGCGAGCACCAUGUUCGGUUUGAGAGAGGCCGGCGUCCUCGGCGCCUCCGUCGCCCUAGCGGGGGGAGUCGCCUACCUCAUCUGGAACUACACGUUCUCCUCCGGGCAGAAGAAGCGUCAAGCCCGGCCCGGACAGGACGGUAGACGUCCCGGAGGGGAAGGAGAAGGCCAGAGGAGCGGGAAGGAGGAGGAGGAGGGGAGGAGGAGCGAGGACUCAAAGACCGGACAAACUGUCGUGGUCGCGGCCGCUGCGCCUGUUGCUUCCGCCGCCAAAGCUCCGUCAUCGCCUGAGUCCAGGCCCGUGGAGCCCAGAGGGACGCAGGUUCUGGUUCUGGGUCUGGAUGGAGCCGGUAAGACCAGCCUGCUGCACUGUUUGGCCACGGGCGGCCUGGAGCAGGACAUGCAGCCGACACAGGGCUUCAACGCCGUCUCCAUCAACAGAGAGGACCUGCACAUCGAGUUCCUAGAAAUUGGGGGUAAAGAGGAGCUGCGACCAUACUGGCAGAGGUACAUGCCCAAGGCUCUUCUGCUGGUGUUCGUGGUCGACGCCUCCGACCCACGGCUCUUCCCGGUCGCUAAGAAACAUCUACACGAGCUGCUGGCGUCUGACGCCCGCCUGCCUGUAAUGGUGCUGGCCAACAAGCAGGAUCUUCCAGGCGCCGGCAGCAUCACCGACCUCCACGACGCCCUGUCCCUGUCCGAGGUCGGAGAACGCAGGCUGUUCAUCAUCGGUACCCACGUGAAGAAGGGAGAGGCGGAGCUGAGCUCAGGCGUUCAGGACGCCCGGGACCUGAUCUUCCAGAUGGUUUGCGAGAGCAGAUGAAAACUCUCUGGUUACGGCACGUUGGUGGUUGUCACUCGGUCCUGUGUUUUUGAUCAAAUUCAAUAGGUUCUUUGCACUUUACUGUUUUCACGACACCAGGUUGGCUUAAACUCUUAAACUCUAAUUUAUUUGUGAGAAAAUUAAAACUUGUUGUCUUGGUACGUUACAGUUGGGAUUAAAGAACAUAUUCUUGUUUCAUCGUCACCAAAUGACCAGAUCUGAAAGAUAAAACGAUAUAUAUAUUUUUUUCCCCCAGACCUAUCUUUAUUUAAGCUGGGGGACUCUCCCAACAACCUCUUUUUCAAAUUUUAUCCUCACCAAAAAAAUUAUUAUUUUUUUGUCUCAGCAGGUGAUGGACGGAGCCGUUUAUUUUUGCUCUUUAUUCAUCUCUUACUGUCACUGAGCACGGUAGAUGAUGAUCCACGAGCAACUCGAAACGGCAGUUCGGGCCUCUGCCUUCAGGUUUUCACGCGGGUAGUCAGGUGGCACAGAAUCGCAGUGGGUUUAUUUUCCGGCUGCAGAUUCACCCAGACCAUCUGUGUACCUGCUGGUUGCAGCUUUAUCACCAGCAAUCAGGUAACAUCAUAGUUUCUUUUUUUCUUUUUCUUGUUUUUUUCUUGUGAGUGUGUAUGCAGACAAAAAUGUUAAAGCACUGUUGUAACAGACUUUUAUUUUUCUGAUUUGGACUGUGUCAUCACGUUAUUUGUGUUACUCACCUCCGACUUAAAGCUGUACCGGGCAAGAUUUUCACGAGGAAAUAAACAUAUCUUAUCAGUUUAAAAGUGCAAAGCGAGGCUCCAAUCCCAACAGAGUGUUACAUGAAUUAACCAUUGGUCCGCAUUACAUCGGUGCAGUCAACGGAAAUUUUCCGAGCAAAGCACAAACCUCAAGGGGACUCUGCUGGAUGCAGGUCAGUGAUGGUGCGUGGCGUGUUCUCUGGGUGUUUUUAAAUUCUCAUUCUUUUUAAACGAGCAGUGGCCUCGUCCUGCCAUUUUUUUUUUUUUUGAGGCCGCCAUGAAAACAUUGCUGAGUGCGGCUUUAAGAAAAAGGUAGGCUUUAAACUCGUCGGAGUCGUUGACAAGCUUUCUGUCGCGCCGUUAAUAUUGAAAUCAAAACAUCACUUCAGCGGGAGACCUCGAUUAUUUAACGUCUAAAUAAAACAGCUGUUUGUUGAAGCAGGGGGCGCCGAAACUGAGGGCGGCUUACUCCAGUAAUCAGUCGUUUUAUUGUAGUUUCAUUAACGAUGUUACCAAACCGUAACACUACCUGAUAGGAUUUCUCGCUGGAGUGUUAUUGUUAGAUGACAGCUUUAAAAGCAAAAGAACCUUUAUGGUAAAAGUUCUUUGGUGUCUACUUUGAUACGUGUUUUGUCUUGAUCUUAAGAAGGGAAUGAGACGUUAUCUUGGAAAGGGAAUAUAAACCACAUGUUUUUCUUAAUAUCUUUUGAAUAGCCUUUAUGUCUAAGCUUUAUACUCCUCAUUUUAUCUAAUUACUGUUACAUUUGAUGAAAUCUGUCCAGUUCACUGUCUGUAAACUUUGGGAUAAAAGCAAACUACGUUAUUGAAUUGUGCAAAGCCUUCAUAGUGUCGGGUCCACACGUAUUUGACGGUGACACAAUUGUCGUAAUUUUGCCUCUGUCCACCAACACAAUGGAUUUGAAAUGAAGCCAAUGAAGAUGGGAUUAAAGUGUCGACCUUCAACUUUAAUUCAAGGGGUUUAACAAAAUACUGCAUUAAUUACUACUGGAAUUACAGCCAUUUUUAUACGUAGUCCCUCAUUUUUAUUUUUUUUAUAUCUCUCUCUCUCUCUCAGGAUUAUUUUUAAUACUUCUUGAUUGUAGACUCUGACAAUAACACACCUGCCUCCUGAAGAGUGUUCUAGGCCUGAACAGUUGAUGUGAAGGGUUUUUUCUUCACCGAGGAAAGAAUUCUGUGAUCAUCCACUUUUGUUGUCUACUCUGCUCUUCCAGGCCCUGAUUGUUGAUUUGGCCACUCCUAAAAGUUUCUGUCAUCUGUCUGAUUUUGUUUUUUAGUUUUUGGUUUUGUUUUUUCAGACUAAUGAUGGCCUCCUUCUCUGGCAUCGAAACCCAUUUGAACCGCAUAUUGAGAGUUCGCAUGAUCAGCUGGAAUCCUCUUUUAUCCGAUCAUUUUUCAUAAAAUAACGAGGGAACAGCCCCUGGAAAAUUAGGGGCUAUCGAUAAAAAUGGCUUCCUAAACGACAUUUUUGUUAAACCCUUUGCAUAAAAGCUUAAAGUCUACAGUUCAGUCACAUCUUGGUGGCUUCGUUUUCAAAUCCAUUGUGGUGGUGGACAGAGGCAAAACUACUUAAUAUUAAAUUGUGUCACUGUCCAAAUACUAAUGGACCUGACUGUAUGUACCAUUUUUGAGGAAUGUAAAUUUUCCAAAGAGCACUUUUAAAGGGGGAAAAAAAAAAAAAAUUCAUCCAAAAUUUCUUAUUGUUUUCCAAAACUCGCCCGAUAUAAAGAAUUGUGUGAAAAGAUUCCUCCUGGUUCGAUAUCGUCUUACAAACUGUUUUUCACACUCAAAUAAAAUGUUCCCAGCAA